AUGGCUGACGCAAAAGAGGGUGAGGUUGUUGGCAUCAGCCACCGUGGCGAUGAAGAUCAGCGGCGAGAUGAAGACGAAAACGACAACAAAAUUCUCAUCCAGGAAGCUGCGGCCGGAUUCGCCAACGAGAAGCAUAUGGGCCCGCGGGAGUCCAUCAAGGCUUAUCCCCAAGCCAUCAUGUGGUCUCUCGUCAUGGCUCUCUGCGUCAUCAUGGAAGGCUAUGAUACUGCUCUGCUCGGCAACUUUUUCGCGUAUCCCGCGUUCCAAAUCAAAUUUGGACGUCACGUUGGAGUCACCCCGUCAACGCCCAGCGGAUAUCUGUUGAGCGCGCCGUGGCAAGCUGGUGUGAGCCAAUCCACUAAUGUGGGCGGCUUCAUAGGCGCCAUCUUAAACGGCUGGCUGGUAAACGCAUAUGGGCAACGACGCGUUGUCUUGUGGUCGCUCAUAAUACUGGAAGCAUUGAUCUUCAUACCGUUCUUUGCACCCAACCUGACUGUUUUGCUCAUCGGCGAGUUUCUUCUCGGCAUACCUUGGGCGACACUCGCCACCUGUGCAAUCUCCUACGCAUCGGAGGUUCUGCCGCCGUCUAUUCGCACAUACCUUACCUCGUAUACCAACAUGUGCUUUGUCAUGGGCCAGCUCAUUGCCGCCGGCGUGAUCAAGGGACUGUCCAACCACACGAGUCAAUGGGCCUACCGAAUACCUUUUGCAAUCCAAUGGGUCUGGCCCGUUUUCUUGAUACCACUGGUAUACAUGGCUCCUGAGAGCCCCUGGUAUCUGGUCAGGAAGGGCCGUCUGGAGGACGCAGAGAAAUCUUUGCGCCGUCUUCAAAGCUCCAAUGCCAACAUUGAUCCCAAGGACACUCUCGCAACAAUUAUUCAUACGGACAACUUUGAGAAGAGAAACGCCAUUGAUGCAAGCUAUUGGGACUGCAUAAAGGGUACAGAACUCCGCCGAACCGAAAUUGCCUGCAUGACUUUUGCUGGUCAAGUUUUCAUCGGUAUCAACUUUGCAUUCAAUAACACCUACUUCUUCCAAACAAUUGGUGUUGGCACAUCUACAACUUUCUCCCUCAGCCUUGGGGGUAGUUGUUUAGGUCUCUUCGGCUGUUUCAUCAACUGGUUCGGUCUCAUGCCGUACUUUGGUCGCCGUACCAUCUACCUCUGGGGUGUCGCAAGCAUGUGCAUCGUUCUUUUCUUGAUUGGUAUACUUAACGUAUGGACCGAGCACAAGUCAGUUGCUCUAACACAGGCAAUCCUGUCUCUGGUCUGGACGUUUAUCUUCCAGCUCUCAGCCGGACAACUAGGCUGGUCAUACCCAGCAGAAGUGGGAUCUACUCGCCUCCGCCAAAUGACUAUUUGCAUCGCAAGAGAUGUACAUGCCGUUAUAAACAUUGGAUUUGGAAUCCUUCAGCAGUAUCUAAUGAAUCCGACCGCAUGGAACGUAAAGGGCUACGUCGGGUUUAUUUGGGGAAGUACUGCUCUUAUGAUGUUUAUCUGGGCGUACUUCCGCCUUCCAGAGGUUUGGAAUCGGCCGUAUGAAGAACUUGACAUCCUGUUCACGCAGAAGGUGUCUGCACGAAAGUUUGCCAGCACCCCGGUCAAUCCCCUUGAAGAUGACGAGACGAUCCUCCAUGCGAGAGAUGAUGCGGAGAAGUCUUGA